CCAUGACUUAACAGCAUCCUAUAUUUGUUCCAGUGACCUCAUUUAUAAUGGUUUUCUGUUCGCGGACGCCAACCAUGACAGGAAGUUGACUGCGCAGGAACAGUGGGAAUCCGCUUUGACAAUCGACUUAAAUGGAGAUAAAAAGAUCAGCAAAGACGAGUACGUGAAGGCAUUUGCCAAUUCCCGGGAUGACUUCCGGGCAGCCGCUCCAAAAAUAUUCGAUAGAUUUGACCCAGACAAAAAUGGGUUUAUCGAGAAAUCCGAUGUCGUCUUGAUAGUGGCUGUCCUUGACCCUAACGGGGACGGAUAUAUUUCCCCCGAAGAAUACAUGGCAUUUUUCAGCAAGCUUUACGCCAGCGAAGGAGUCCACGAAGGAUCCCAUCAGAGCCCUCCUGAUUAUGGUUUUGACAGCAUAGACACGAAUAAAGACGGUCUAGUCACCGUGGACGAAGAAUGGGCAGGUGCUUUGUCCAUUGAUUCUAACGGUGACAGCAGGAUUAGCGAGUACGAGUAUAUAGUGUCAUUCGCCGACUCUCCAGUGAGCUACAGAGAAGCGGCGCCUAUGCUGUUUCGAAAGUUUGAUGCGGACCACAACGGGUUCCUGGAGCGAUCCGAUAUCGUCACGGGGUUUAAACUCAUUGACACCAUUGGUGACGGCGCUGUAACGAAAUUCCAGUAUUCAACUUUCGUCAAAAAGGUGUACGAUAGCUUCAAUCUUACUGGCACACCUGGUGUCAUAACUAGCGUCACUAGCCGCCCGAAAGAUAUGAGCGAUUUCGGCUUCCACAGAAUAGACGUUGACAAUAAUGGACAGAUUACGUUUGAAGAGGGGUGGAACGCCAUUAGUUUGAAUGACGUUGACGGUGACAGUCGAAUUAACAUAAACGAGUUAAGAGCUUCCCUGCCAAAAGGUCUGUACGGAUUUGCUCCGGAAAUGUUGGUCAAAUUUGAUGCCGAAGCCAACGGCUUCUUGGAGAGAAUGGAUAUCAGGAGACUAUUUGAUUUAGUGGACACCAACGGAGAUGGCACACUUUCCUCUCCGGAAUUUUCAAGUUACGUUGGAACAUACCUGACCAACUUAGGAGUGGAUAUUCAUAAUCCGAACUAUCUGGUGGUGCAAAUGGCUGGUCCAUCGCUUUGUAGCAGCAUCUUGACAGUAUUAGUAAGCCUUGUCGUGUCUGUCCUGUACAUAAGUGCCUGAGCGGAGGGGCAGAGAGAAAAUAUGCUUUAGUUAUAUCCCGUUAAAUAUAACUGUACUGAUUAAUGUCACCGUUAAUUAAACAUUUUAAUA